GACUCGUGUAUACGUUUCCCGUCUGGUACUCGCCGCGCGCGAAAAUUAUAUCGCGGGAUAUUAAUAAUCGCUGAGGAUUUAAGAGAUAUCGGGCUUCCUUGAAGAAAAGCAAUGAGUGCCGCUCGUACGGCCGGGAAGUGCCGCGACGUCACGAUUGCUCCGAUCGAUUGCUCCGUGCCGCCGGUGUAGCGCCAUGCCCCGGCGUGAUCGCGAGGGGAUCGCGACGUGGAUCGCGCGCCGUGCAAUCGUCCCGCAUCAUCCCCGACGGCGUCACCGUUAAGAACCCCCCGACCGCGGGUGUGAUCAUACCCCCCCGAUGAUCGUCGCGAUGGGAUUCCCGUCGAACGCGACCGAUUCGCCGUUCGAUUACUUGGCGGCCCACACCGGGCCGACGAACGCGUCGUCCGUGGGCGCUGAACUGAAUCUACCGUACACCGUCUGCGAGAUCCUGGUCGCGGUCUGCGCCGUGUUCGGCAACGGCCUGGUGAUCAUCGUCUUCGGCAAGGAGCGGAAGCUACGCAGACGCACCAACUACUACAUCGUCUCGCUGGCGACGGCCGACCUGCUGGUCGGGCUGUUCGCGAUCCCGUUCGCGAUCCUCGCGAGCAUCGGCCUGCCGACGAAUCUGCACGCCUGCCUGUUCACCGUCUCGGUCCUCGUCGUCCUCUGCACCAUCAGCAUCUUCUGCCUGGUGGCGGUGUCCGUCGAUCGUUACUGGGCGAUACUGCAUCCCAUGGGAUACUCGCGCACCGUACGCACCAAAACUGCCAUAGGUAUAAUAUGCGUGUGCUGGGUAGCGGGCACUCUGGUGGGCUUCCUGCCGCUUUUCGGAUGGAACGCCGGCGAGAAGGACGACCAUAGGUGCAUCUUCACCAACGUCAUGGACUACGACUACCUCGUGUUCCUGUACUUCGCCACGAUCAUCUUCCCGGCCCUGCUGAUCGCGGCUUUCUACGCCCAUAUAUACCGGGUAAUCGUGAAACAGCUACAGCAAAUCGUCACGAUGGACCCCGGCGACCCACCCCGGAAGGGCGGCGGUUCCCUUCGCGUCGGCAUCAUGCGGCUCGGGCUGCGCUCCGGUCAGUUGGAGCGUUCCCAUCACACGACAGGUACGAUGCUGCGUUGUCUUGGCGCUGCGCGGAAACGAGAGGUCAAGGCGACGCAGAAUCUUUCUCGCAUCGUCGUCUUUUUCAUCGUCUGCUGGUUUCCUCUGUACACGAUAAACUGCGUGAUGGCGUUCUGCCCGCAAUGCGAGGUGAACGACUUCUUCAUGAAGUUCUGCAUUAUCCUUUCGCACCUCAACUCGGUGGGCAAUCCACUCCUCUACGCCUACCACCUCAAGGACUUUCGCAUCGCCCUCAAGAACUUCGUCUGGCGGCUGCUCUUCCCGCACAGCGACGUCAAGUCCAGCGUGAUCAGCGUGAUCCAUGAUCGCGGUUCCCUCGUCGGUUCGCAGAGGCAGCUUCAGAGGCGAUUCAGCGGCUUCGAUCAGCCGAGAAGUCAGAGGCCGAGCUUGCUCCGACAGGUGAUCGACGGAAGCAGAAGGAUGGACGGCGCGUACGCCGAGAGGCGCGUCCCGUCGAUCCGGGAGAAGGAAACGCACCAGAAGAUUGCGGACGCCGGCACCGCGGUCGGAGGUGCGGUUCUAAUCAGCAACUCCGCGCCGGCGAACAAACGGAUGAGCGAGGAGGAAUUGGCCAGCGACGGCGACCUCGUCGACUGCAACGAUGACGCGAACGACCGUGAAAUCUCCUGCUCGAUGGAGCUGCAAACGUACAAGUCGCUGGCGCCGCUCCUGCCCGCGGAGGAGGACCACGUCGAAGAAACACCGCCCGCGUCGAUCUUCGUGAUCGAGGCCGAUGUGAAUCUGAUGAAUCACGCCUCUCCCGAACAUCUCCUGGUUUUGGAAGAAUCUCGAGACAGAAUCGACGUAGAGGGCGGUUAAUGGGAGUAAUUGUGAAGAAGAAAAAAAACUGGGACUAAUGAGCGAAAAUUUGCAUUUUUUUUCCUUAAAAAUCUCUCGAUGUGCCGAUCUUUUACUAUUAGUUACUCUCGUCGAGCGUGCCAUCUAGCUCACGUCACACGUGUUUUAGCGUAAGUUUUGUAAUGAGUUGAACAUUGAAAUGGAGCGACAAAGUGAUAUUAUACUGCGCACACACAUACACACAUUUGAAGCUUCGAAAAAGACAAGACGAACGGAGCGUGGUACGUCUGACUUCCUUUUUUUAUCACGUAUUGUAAAUAUAAACUAGAAAAAUAAAGUAGAACAGAUAUUGCAAAAAUCCCCAUCCGAGAGACAUCCGAAGAGAAAGAACGUGUUCUCGAACGCCUGGCGAGGAUAAUGCGGUAUCGUGCGCGAGACUCGUGCAGGAUCGACCAGAGUGAUAAAUUGAUAAAUAUAUACCGAGGGGACAAUAUAUACUUAAUGUUGUACAGUAGAACAGUGCAUGUCGCGAUUGUGUGUCCACACGUGUUUCCGUAGAACAUUUGCACGAUGCUUGUGCAAAUACUCUGCAUAUCACACAAUUGACAUAAUAUAAUAGACUAUAUCGUCGCGCUCCAUUUCUCCCCUUUCCUCUCAUACUCUUUACACGUAAUAUUUGCUGUAUUGUAUGCGCGUUCGACACAUACGUAUAUCGCUUAUAAUCUUUUUCAAAGUUACUAAACUGAUUGCUACUUUAAUCAACAAACAUAUCGCGAUACAAAUAAUUAUCAACCGUGCCCGUUAUUAAAUUUAACAAAAUUUGAUGAACUGCUCUCCGAAGAUGAUAAUUGAUAGAUAACGAAAUUGCAAUAAUUGAUUAAUUUUAAUCGAACUCCAAAAUUGCGGACGUUGUUUACCAAAAUAUCUGACGCAAGCCUUUAAAAAAAAUAAGACGUUCAAUUGAAUUUUUAGUGGACAUCAAAAUUCUCAGCAAGGAAUUUUCGUUUAAUCUUUCCUAGCUCUGUCAAACGCUAUAAAUAUAUAUAAAUGCACAUUUUUCUCUCUCCUCGAAAUACGGAGUACACUACAAGUUUAUUAAUUGUUAAUUAAAAUCGUGAGAUGUUAAAUUAACAAAUGCGAAUGGAUGUUGAUAAGUUUGACCAUUUUAAUAUUCACGUCUCUCCUCUCUCUUUUUUUAGCCCUUUCUACCUAUUUAUUUUAGCGUCGACUAUAUUAAAGAUUUAGAAAAAUCAUUAUUGUGCUAUUUUUGAUUAAACAAGAAUUUUAUAGAUCCCACCAAAUUUUAAGUAUUUUUUUAUUGAGAACUCCAGAUUCUGAAAUCUUGAAACCUCAUCGUGACGAUUCUUUUAUAAGAGAAUAAAAUCAGCCGAAAAGGAUACGUGUGUAAUAAUAACGCAUGCGAAUUUCUAUAAGCGUAUAAUAAGCACCCUGUGUAUCGCAAUGCGAGCGAACAAAAUCAAUGUCAUUAAAAGCUUCGCGCGUGUAAUUCAGAUGUGCAUUUGAUGCUUAAUUCAUU